AUGUCGGCGCUGCUGCAGAGCGCGGGUGGGAGCGCCCCUGGGCUGCCCUCAGCGGGGCUCCCCAGCACUGAGCGUGGAGCAAAGAAUGGGGAGAACUCACGGUCCAAGUCGUCCGGCUCCGGUGGCAAAGAGGAGCUGAACCUGGGCAAGAAGAAGCUGCGAAGGCAAAGGACUCACUUCACCAGCCAGCAGCUGCAGGAGCUGGAGGCCACCUUCCAGCGCAACCGCUACCCAGACCUGAGCACCAGGGAGGAGAUCGCAGGCUGGACCAACCUGGCGGAAUCCAGGAUCCGGGUCUGGUUUAAGAACCGCAGAGCCAAGUGGCGGAAGAAGGAGCGGCACCUGCAGCCUGGGCUGUGCAAGGGGGGCCUUGGCCCCCAGCUGAACGGUCUGCCCAGGGGCCCGUAUGAAGACCUCUACAACAGCCACUCCAACCACAGCUGGGCCCCCAAGGGCUUCCAGGCCAGCCCCCUCCCCAGCAAAGGCUUCCAGCUCUUCAGUGCUGUGAAUCUCAGUUCCUUCUCCCCACAGGCCAUGUUCCCGGGGGUGGCAGCAGCCUCCAUGCCCGGGGUCCCGGCCCUGGAGAACUUCAACAGCCUGGCCGGCCCCACCUACGGACCCGAAGCUUUGCCUUACAUGUACAAGGACCCCUGCAACGCAAGCCUGGCAGGGCUGAGACUCCGGGCAAAGCAGCCCCAGCCCCUUAGCCUCGAGGUCCUGCCAAGCCCCGCUGCGAGCCCCAACUCCUGCCAGUACACACUGGGCAGGCCUCUGUGAAGGGGACCCCAGAGCAUCGGUACCAGCCCCCCCCUCCAGACUGUACAGAGGGGUGGGGGGUUCUCUCACCAAGGACAGUGUGGAGGGAGGGGGGGUUCCCCCAUCCUGGGACAGUGCCCUCCACCACGCCAGAGCUGCCCUCAUAGCCCAUGCACCCCCCCUCCCUCUGCCAGUGCCCAGCUCAGGGAGCCCAGGGGGUGCCAAAGGCUAUGAGUAGCCCCAAAGAUUGUGGCUUAGCCCAAGACCUGUAGGUCCGGCCCCAGACAAAGCUCAGUGCAGGCAAAGUGCCGCAAUUUGGGUUAAAUUACCGUGGAAAGCGCCAUCUAAGAUCCCAAACAAGUAACAGACUCUUGGGAGGAGACAAAGCCCCCUGUGAGGGGAGACCUGAAGAGGCCUGGACGCAGGGCUCUGGGACUAGCCAGCUCAGAGGCACAGGGAAGGGCAUGACGCUGUUCUGAGUUCUGCACUGGGUGGCAUUAUUGUCUCCAGCUCUUGCCAACAAAACAGAGAGUCCCUGAGCUCGGGCUGCGGCUAGAGCAGGGAGCUCAGAGACUUCCGUUCCCAGCGCUGGAAGGGCAUGCUAGCGGAUGAGCAGAGCAGCAGCGACGGUGCGUCUGGACUCCCGCGGACAGAUCAGGAGCCCUGGAUUCUAUUUCCAACACUAGCAUUUCCUCACCAUGUGACCAUGGGCAAGUCUCGUCCCCUCCCUGUGCCUCAGUUUCCUUGUCUGCAAUAUGUUGGUCACAGUGCUGACCGGCCUCACCUGAGGACUCAUUCAUGCUUGUAACAUGCUUUGGGAUCCUUGGGAGGAAGGUGUAAUAAUGUCAGUGCAGGUGACAUCAGAUCUGGGGGAGUGGUAAAUAACGCCGAGGACAGUCACCGAUACAGAGCGAUCUGGAUCGCUUGGUAAGCUGGUUGCAAGCAAACCAUGUGCAGGGACGCAGGGGCGGCGAGUUAUAUGGGCCAGUGGUGCCCGGGCUCCAGGAAUAUUCAGGAACCAGGGGCCAGGCUCCAGCAAUGUUUGGGGCCGGGUCUCCCCCUGGCCCCGCCUGCCGCCCCCAUGCACCUUCCCCAGAGUGUUCCCUGGCCCCGCCUGUGGCCCCUGGGUGAUUUAAAAGGGCCCCAAGGCCCCUGCCGCCACCGCCGGCAGCGCAGCGGGGCUAAAGCGGCUUCCUGCCCGCCUUCGCUCCGCACAGCGCCCCACUCCCGGAAGCAGCUGGCAUGUCCCUGCGGCCCCUGGGGCGGGGGGGGGUCUCCACGCACUGCCCCCACCCCAAGUGCCGACUCUGCCAUUGGAACUAUGGCCAACGGGAGCAACGGGGGCGGUGCCUGUGGGCAGCAGGGUGCAGAGACACCCUCCCCCUCCCGGCAACCCCUGCCUAGGAGCCACUACCAGAGGGGUAUGCAGGUCACUUUCGGGAGCUGGCCGCGGUAAGCGCCACACAUCUUACCCCCUCCUACACCCCAACCCCCUGCCCUAGCCAGAGCCCAUACCUCAAUUCCCACCCAGAGCCCACACCCUGCACUCCCUCCUACAACCCUGCCCCAGUCCAGAGCCCGCACCCAGCACCCAAACUCCCACCCAGAGCCUUAGGCAGGUGUCAGGGCGGGGGCGGGACUUGGACCCGUUCUGUGCACCACCAAAAAUUAUACAAACCUGCUGCCCCUGGGGGAAGAUCUCUGGCCUGUGGUAUGCAGGCGGACAAGCAGACUCACUAGAUGCUCACAGCAGUCCCUUCUCACCUUAAAAUCUCUGAAUUUAGGUGCAAACUAUUCUUUGGCCUUGUAAAGUCCGUGCAGGCCUGCUUUCGGAUCUCAGCCAGAGUUUGCACAGGAUCUGGGCACAUCCCCAUUGUGAUGUCAAUCCAUGUCCCAUCCGCAGGAGGAUGGAACGGACUGGUCUGGCUUUUCCAAUUCCAGCUCCCAGGAGACCCCCGGGACUCCUUGAUGCACAGCUCACAAUACCCGAAUUCCUCUCAUUCCAUCUCAUUGCUGCCUUGGGAUUUUGGCGCGUGCUCAAAUAGUUCCCCUGUAUCACCCCCCUCCCUCAAAAGCCCACACACGCAACAGGGCCCCCUCCAGUGCCCACAGCCCUACCUUGUGAGCGGCCAAAUGACAGGGUGCUCUCCAGCAAUGUCUGUAGGAAAUGGGGGUGGAACUUCAAACACACCCUGCUCGCCAUGCCUGGGGCCCUGGCUAGCCAGCUUUCACCUCACUUCUCUGGAAAGGGGUGGGGGAUAGAUAGUGUUUAAGACCAAGGGCUGGGAAUUGAGGGUACAGCUACACUGCAAAAAACCCAGCGGCAACAAGUCUUAGAGCCUGGGUCUACGGACUGGGACUCACAUUAGGGGGCUGAAAAUAGCAGGGUAGAGGUUACUGCUUGGGCUCUGAAACCUGGCCGGAGGGAGGUGUCAGACCCCAAGCGCCAGCCUGAGUGGGAAUGUUUACACAGCUCGUGUUAAAAAGGGCUCCAGAGGAGAUCCCAGCAAUUACAGGCCAGUAAGCCUAACUUCAGCACUGGGCAAGCAGGUUGAAACCAUAGUAAAGAACAGAAUUAUCAGACACGUAACUGAACACGAUUCGAGGGGGAAGAGCCAACAUGGUGUUUGUAAAGGGAAAUCAUGCCUCACCAAUCUACUAGAAUUCUUUGAGGGGAUCAACAAGCAUGUGGACAAGGGGGAUCUAGUGGAUAUAGUGUACUUAGAAUGUCAGAAAUCCUUUGACCAGGUCCCUCACCAAAGGCUCUUAAGCAAAGUGAGCUGUCAUGGGAUAAGAGGGAAGGUCUUCUCAUUUCAGUAACUGGUUAAAAGAUAGGAAACAAAGGGUAGGACUAAAUGGUCAGUUUUCAGAACGGAGAGAGGUAAACAGUGGUGUCCCCCAGGGGUCUGUACUGGGACCAGUCCUAUUCAACAUAUUCAUAAAUGAUCUGGAAAAAGGGGUAAACAGUGAGGUGGCAAAAUUUGCAGAUGAUACAAAACUACUCAAGAUAGUUAAGUCCAAAGCAGACUGCGAAGAGCUACAAAAGGGAUCUCACAAAACUGGGUGACUGGGCAACAAAAUGGCAGAUGAAAUUCAAUGUUGAUAAAUGCAAAGUAAUACACAUUGGAAAACAUAAUCCCAACUAUUCAUACAAAAUGAUGGGGUCUAAAUUAGCUGUUACCACUCAAGAAAGAGAUCUUGGAGUCCUUGUGGAGAGUUCUCUGAAAACAUCCACUCACUGUGCAGCGGCCGUCAAAAAUGUAUACAGAAUGUUGGGACUCAUUAGGAAAGGGACAGAUAAUAAAAGAAAAAAUAUCAUGUUGCCUCUCUAUAAAUCCAUGCUACGCCCACGUCUGGAAUACUGUGUGCAGAUGUGGUUGCCCCACCUCAAAAACGAUAUAUUGGAAUUGGAAAAGGUACAGAAAAGUGCAACAAAAAUGACUGGUGUGGAGAAAGUAAAUAAGGAAGUGUUAUUUACUCCUUCUCAUAACACAAGAACUAGGGGUCCCCAAAUGAAAUUAAGAGGGAGCAAGUUUAAAACAAACAUAAGGAAGUCUUCUUCACCCAAUGCACAGUCAACCUGUGGAACUGCCUGCCAGAGGAGGUUGUGAAUGCCAAGACUAUAACAGAGUUCAAAAAAGAACUAGAUAACUUCACGGGGGACAGGUCCACCAAUGGCUAUUAGCCAGGAUGGGCAGGGUUGGUGUCCCUAGCCUCUGUUUGCCAGAAGCUGGGAAUGGGCGACAGGGGAUGGAUCACUUGAUGAUUCCCUGUUCUGUUCAUUCCCUCUGGGGCACCUGGCAUUGUUCUUACGUUAGCCCCACGAGUUUGAGCCUGUAAACCCAGGCUCCGAGCCUCCUGCUGCACGGUGGUGUUUGCAGGGCAGCUGUACGUUGACUCUGGGUUCCACUAGCUGUGUGGAUCUUGGCUGAGUUGCUUCCUUUCCAGUGCCUCGGUUUCCCCAUCUGUAAAAUAGCAGAACAGUGCUUCAAAUGGGCAUGUGAGGCUUAGAGUGUUGCUGCCUGCAGAGUGCUUGGAAAUCCACUGAGGGGCCCUGCUUCCCCUCUCUGCGAGAGCAGAUUCACUUUGCUGUAACUGCAUUGAUUUCAACAGGUUUACCCCAGCAUAAAACUGGAGUGAAGCAGAGCUGACGCAGGGCAUUUGCUGCCUGGGGAGCUGAUGUCAUAUGAGCUCUGGCUGGGGAAUGGGAGCCGAAUCUACGAUGUAAGGAGGCCUGGAGGGCAGAAAAGAUUGGAGCUAAAUUUAGCCCUUGGAGUGGAAUUUCCAUGAGUGCGCUGGGACUUUCCACUCCCCUGGGGUCACCUCCUUACCUGACUGCACAGCAGGCACAAACCAGCCGGGGAUUCUCCUCUUGGCUGCUCUGCCACGGGCCGGGGUCCUCGGCUGUACCCGCCCUGGGCCGGGGUCCUCGGCUGUACCCGCCCUGGACCUGCGUUCUCGGCUGUACCCGCCCUGGGCCGGGGUCCUCGGCUGUACCCGCCCUGGACCUGCGUUCUCGGCUGUUCCCGUCAUGGCUCUGGGUCCUUGGCUGUACCUGCCCUGGGCCU